UCUGGCUGCAGGGUCUAGCGGAGGGUUUUAGCUGACAAAUAACAAAAAGACAAUCACUGACAAACAGACCACACAAAAAAAAAAAAAAAUGGCGGCUGAUUCCACCCCCGAUCCGUCUAAAAUUCGCUGCCCUCACUGUGCAGGCCCACUCUCCAUGCAGACUGAAACAACUGAGUGGACUGUCGCUCCGUUUAUAAGGGAUAGCUUUUCUAUGAUUGGGUCUGCUGUUGGUGGUACAACCAGUGCAUUCUAUGGAUUCAACCAUGUGAUGCCAGUUGUGCGGAAAUGGGUGAAGGGACCCAUGUGGUUGCAUUUCCUUGUUGGUGCACCCCCUGUGAUGGUAUUCUCUUCAGCUUGUGCUGGUCUGGCAGGUGGUGCUGUUCCAGCUUUAGCCCAACUUGCAUCAUCUUCUUACCAUGCAGCAGUUGCAUCACAAACACUGCCUCAUCCGCCUUCAAAGGACGAUAAGAUGCACAAAUCCAGGACUUCAUCUACCUUGUAAUGAAAAUUUUGUUACAUCUACAUGCGUUCGAGGGUCAUUAAAGCCCGUGUACAUGCCCACUGUAUGUGGUGCAAUAAUAUUGGAAGCGCUUAUAGUCAAGCAGUGUUAGAGAUGGCAUCUUUUCUAUUUGUAUUCAGAUAUUCUUUAUGAGAUUUAAGAAAAAAUAAACUAGAGCAAAUAUGAGAUUAUGAUUGAAUAAAAUGAAGAGGAAGAAACAAAAAUUCUUACAAA